CCGCAAACAGCUCAUUUGAGCCUUUGUCAUUGUCUAUUUCAAUUGGUUCAGCAUAGUAAUAAGACUGUCUUCUAACUUGACAUUUUUCUCGCUUUUUUCUUUUCUUUUUCUUUAGUUUAAACAUGGAGUUGCACGAAAUAAAGGGUGAAAAAACCCUCGGCACUGGAUCACCAUUAGAAAGCAUUAGUGAUAGCAAUAUUGUCGAAAUUGAACAUGACAAUAUUAGCUUCUCUCAUGGUGUUGAUAAUGACAGCAAGCGGGGUUCCUCUUUUCUUGCUUAUUUUAAUAUUGUUUGUGUUGUAGCGGGUACAGGUGCCCUUAGUUUACCGUAUGCUUUACGACAAGGUGGUUGGAUCGGUCUUUUCAUUUUGAUCCUUAGUUGGGCCUUCUCUACAUACUCCGGAAUUAUUUUAAUUAGAUGCUUGUAUUAUAACGGAAAGACACGUCUCUCCUCUUACCAAGAAGUUGCUGAAGAAGCUUUUGGUAAAGUUGGUGGUUGGGUUUCCUUCUUUUUUACAGUGAUCACAUUGAUUGGUGUACCUGUUCUUUAUAUCCUUUUGGCCGGUUCCAAUUUACAUUCAAUUUGCACGGGAACUUCUGCUGAAUUGACAUUUCCUAUUUGGGUCAUUAUUUGCGCUGCUCUUGUUGCUGUGCCUUUUGUCUUUUUCAAAUCCAUGAAAGAAGUUGGUAUAUUGAGUGCAUUUGGCAUGUUGGCCACUGUGAUUGUUGUGUUCAUCUGUCUCGUCAUGGCUGCUACCGACAAGCCUAAUCAAGUCAAUGUUAGACAUGACAAUGUCAUUUGGAGUGAAUUCCCAGUUGCUCUUAGUUCAAUCGUCUUUAGUUUCGGUGGCAAUCCUGUUUAUGCUCAUGUCGAAGCUGGUAUGCGUCGCCCUAAAGAUUGGCCUAAAGUGGUUGCAGCAGGUCUUACCACUUGUGCUGCUCUUUACUUUUUGACAGCCAUUCCUGGUUAUUAUGUCUAUGGUGAUCAAGUCCUUAGUCCUAUUUACAAUAGUAUUCCUGCAGGUGCUGCUAAAAUCGCUUCUGAAGUCAUCAUUACUGCUCAUGUCUUGAUGGCCUGUCCUAUUCUCUUGACUUCCUUCUCUCUUGAUUUAGAAAAAUUGUUUGGGAUCAACAGCUUCAAAUUCUCACGCUUUGCUGAACACGGCCUGCGUUUUGCUCUUCGCAUGGCCCUUAUUGUGAUUAUUGCUGUCAUUGCUAUCUAUGUACCUUAUUUUGGUGACUUCUUGUCUCUUUUAGGUGCCUUUAGUAACUGUACGCUUAUUUUGAUUUUCCCAGUCUUGUUCUAUCUCAAGUUGACUGGGUAUCGUAACAAGCAUGUUGCAGAGCUGAUUCUUUGUUUCUUUGUUGUCUUGCUUGGUAUUGUUGGUUUGAUCUUUGGUACCAAGAGUGCCAUCGAAGCUCUUAAGGCUGAUUUCCAAGGUUCUAGUUAGAUAAUUGUAAUAUUUUUUUUGUACUAUAUAUAAAUUAGACGUAAUACCUCUAUUUGAAGCUUAUGAUUAAAUGCAUUCCCAUGCUACAUGAUAUGGAAUGUCAUUGUUUACAUACGAAUACGUAUUUUUGCCUCGCUACUAUAUAUGGAGUCUUGAAAAUAAAGUUAUUGUUUUGAGAGGGCAGAUCACAACAAACACUGUCUUGAAAAUCUUCGGCUCAACUUAGCAGAAUUUAAUGCAAGAAGGCUGAGUUCACGGAUCACAAGAUGUAGCACAGG